CAUCCAUCUAAUUACCUUGAAACGUCUUUAGGGCUUAAGAAUAAUGGCUGAUAAGAUACCACCGCCGACAGAUCAAUUAGCCGCCGUCCCUUUGGACAACGCCGGAGCCUCUUCAUCAACGGUGCAUAAACCCUGGUCUCCGAGUCGGACCCGAAUUCGAUCGAUUUUGGGUCGACCCGACGGCGGAGCUGGACUUGCGAGUCAGAAGGUCCAAAUCAGCGGGUGGGUUAAAAAGGGAAGAGAGCAAGGAAAAGGGAAAUUCGCUUUUCUUGAGGUGAACGAUGGAUCCUGCGCAGCGAAUCUUCAGGUCAAGGUGGAUGCUUCUGUAUCAGAUCUCUCCAAGUUGGUUACGACCGGAACUAGUCUGACCAUUGAUGGUUGUUUGAAGAUUCCUCCGCAAGGUAAAGCUACGAAGCAAAAGAUUGAGCUUAGCGCUGAGAAGGUCAUUGACGUGGGAACAGUGGAUCAACACGGUAAAACUCCGUACCCGAUUCCUAAGACGAAGCUGACUCUAGAGUAUUUGAGAGACCAUACUAACUUUCGUGCAAGAACCACCACGAUGGCAGCAGUUACAAGAAUCCGACAUAAGAUUUGUCUUGCGGCCCACGUUUUCUGUGAUAAACAUGAUAUAUGUUACAUUCACACUCCUAUCAUCACAACAAGUGAUUGCGAAGGUGCUGGUGAAAUGUUCCAAGUGACAACUUUGAUCAACCAAUCUGAAAAGUUGGAGAAGAAUCUAGUUAAGAACAUUGAACUCACUGAAGCAGAGGAGACUUUAGCUAAGGUUGAAGAUAGGUCAAAGCUUAAGCCUGGAUUAUUAUUACCUAGAAAAGAUGGAAAAAUUGAUUAUUCCCAAGAUUUCUUUGCACGUCAAGCUUACCUGACAGUUUCUGGUCAGUUACACGCGGAAACCUAUGCUUGUAGUAUGGGAGAUGUGUAUACAUUUGGCCCGACUUUCCGGGCAGAGAAGUCUCACACUUCAAGGCAUCUUGCUGAGUUCUGGAUGGUUGAGGUUGAAUUAGCUUUUGCCGGUGUAGAGGAAGCUAUGAACUGUGCAGAGGCACUUGUGAAAGACAUAUGCAAAUAUUUGCUUGAAAAGUGUCUUGAUGACAUGGAACUUAUGAAGAAUGUCGACGAAGCCUGCAUUGACAGGCUACAAAUGGUUGCCUUGACUUCGUUUGAACGAGUAACAUACACCAAAGCAAUAACUCUACUCGAGGAAGCUGUGGCUAAAGGAAAGAAAUUUGAAAACCAAGUGGCGUGGAGACUCGACUUAGCAUCUGACCAUGAAAGAUACUUAACAGAGGUUUUGUAUAAAAAGCCUGUUAUUAUCUAUAACUACCCGAAAGAUAUCAAAGCUUUCUACAUGAGACUUAACGAUGAUGGAGAGACAGUUGCUGCAUUUGAUGUCCUCGUUCCAAAGGUUGGAGAACUCAUUGGUGGAAGCCAAAGGGAAGAACGUAUGGACGUGCUCAUGGAAAGAAUGGAGGAGAAGCGUCUACCAAUAAAGGAAUAUGAGUGGUACAUUGACUUGAGACGUCAUGGAACAGUGAAGCAUUCUGGAUUUGGACUGGGAUUGGAGCGUAUGCUUCUCUUUGCUACAGGAAUGGAUAAUAUUAGAGACGUUAUUCCCUUCCCUCGCUAUCCUGGAAGAGCUGACCUUUGAACCUAACCGGGGAAUAAUAAAAAAAGUUCAAGAGU